AACUCGGCGUAACACCCGUAAGCGGAAACCACGUGCUUACACACGGCGACAGCAUGAGCAACUGCCGAAUGAGUCCAGAUUGUCCACCGUUUUGAGGCUGUUAUCAGACUGUGGCUGCCCGGUGACUGAAGCUGCCACACCCAUCACCCGGUUACACGUGUUUGAAGUGAGGAGCCCACACACAAGACGCCAUGUUGUCCUCGUGUGGAGACGAGGAAGCAAAACAAGGCGCUGAAACAGCCGAGUCACCACAGUGUCCCUGCACUGACGCCACCAGUGCGGACAUCUUCACUGUCACCAUAGGAGCCACCGUCCCCACGGGGUUCGAACCCACUGCAGCCGAGGAGGUCAAGGAGAAGAUUGGAGUGGAUGCAAGGAUCAGCAAAGAUCGUGGUCGUAUAUAUUUUCCAGUAUCAACUGACAAGCUUUUCCAGGUUCAUCAUCUGAAGUCUGUGGACAACCUGUUUGUUGUGGUAGAGGAAUAUGAUCAUUACCAGUUCAAGGAAUCAAAGGAGGAGGCAUUAUCUGAGUUUCAGCAGCUUGCCUCUAAGCUUCCCUGGACGAAUGCCCUUGAGGUCUGGAAACUAAAUGGAGCUCUAAAAAAGAAGAAAGGACACCGAAAAGGCGGGAGUGGCGCCAAAGUAAAACCCAACAGUGAGACCAGUGACGCAACCACGGCCAGCGCAGAGCAACAAGAGCUACCUGAGGCUGUGUCCGUCGCUGAAGGCCAGAUAACAUCUGAUGGCUCACCUGACGUAGAGUCCGGCACACAAGAAGAGGCCACGCCCAAGGCCAAACUCAUUAAGUUUCGUGUGACAUGCAACAGGGCGGGUGACAAACACAGCUUUUCCUCUAAUGAGGCGGCCAGAGACUUUGGCGGAGCCGUGCAAGAUUUCUUCCAGUGGAAAGCGGAUAUGACAAAGUUUGACAUAGAGGUUUUACUGAACAUCCACAACGAGGAAGUGGUGAUUGGCAUCGCACUCACCGAGGAGAGUCUUCACAGGAGAAACAUCAGUCACUUUGGACCCACGACUCUGCGGUCCACCCUAUGUUAUGGCAUGCUCAGGCUGUGUAACCCCCAACCAUCCGAUGUUAUAGUCGAUCCAAUGUGUGGGACUGGAGCCAUUCCUCUGGAGGGUGCCAUUGAAUUCAACAGUGCAUUCUACAUCGCUGGCGACAACAACGACAUGGCGGUGAAGCGCACGGUCAAUAACGUGUGUCACAUCCAGAAAAGGAGGGCAGAGAAGGGGAGUGUGUCUGCGUUGCCCAUCGACACAGUGCAGUGGGAUUUGUGCAGUUUACCCAUACGGACCAGCUCUGUUGACAUCAUCAUCACUGACAUGCCCUUUGGGAAGAGAAUUGGCUCCAGGAAGAAGAACUGGGACCUUUACCCGUCCUGUCUGAGAGAAAUGGCUCGCGUGUGUCGGCCAGGCUCUGGAAAAGCCGUCCUGUUGACCCAGGACAAGAAAUGCUUUGCCAAGGCUGUUUCCAGGAUGGGAGGACUGUGGAGGAAGCUGUUCACUGUUUGGGUCAACGUCGGGGGUUUACACGCCGGCGUCUACCUCCUCCAGCGGACGGGGGCCGUGUUUGGCCAAACCCCCGAGGACGUCUAUGAAUCACGGGGGACAGUUAAUACACAGGUGGACGAGAAGCAAGAAAAGGAGCGCUCCUAAUUCUCACCCCAAGUUUGUUUGAGGCCGUGUGUGAUCGUCAAUGUUUUGUUUUUGAAGCCACCGCUCGUUCAGGUCGUCUGUAGCAGGUUUGGUUUAUAACAUUUUGUAUUUCACGUCUGGUGUAAUGUGACAAACGGCUACUCAAGAAGACGGAAGCCACGUGUUGGGCAGCAGUUUACUGGUUCUCAUACUGUUCAAACCCCACUGAAGUUUUCAUUUCAUCCCUCAGGUCGGCCGUGAUCUCUUUACAGGAAGUGCACUUUGUGCCAUUUGUUCUGAUUAAUAAAGGUUCUAACAAAG